AGGAGGAGGAGCAGAAUUGGCGCCUUUUCCCCGCCCCGCGCAGAGCCCAGGAAGCCGCUUCAGCGCGCGGGAAAGGAAGGGAAGCCAGGACGAGUGAGCCGGCCGGCAUGGAGACGGAGCGGAUAGUGGUAGAGGCGGAGAAAGAAGCGGCGGCGUUGAUCCAGCAGCGGGAGCAGGAGACAACACCCACUGAAAAUCCGAUCACAUGUCUCCCCAGAAGCCCCGUGAAGAGUAAGACUUUGACUAAACAAAUCAGAAUUCUUCUCACGCCUGUGUCAGCCACAUGUGGAGAACACAACAAGCAUUUGCCUCAGAAACGUUUGUUAGAGCAAUUUUCCAGCUGUGAGGACUCUUUCGGUAAAGAACCCAAAGCCAAGAAAAUCUGUGGCGAUUAUUCAAGUCCAGAAACGGGGGCUAUAUCUCAUGGAGUAAGCGAGGUAGUCUUCAACACAGAUUCUCAAAGAUGUGGUUCAGUUGUAGAGGCUGUCAGCAGUGAUUUGGAGACAGAUGGGGAUUCCGAGAGUGACAGAAAUGAUGAGGAAGUCUCAACACAACUAUCUGCUUAUGAGAGGAAAAGACUGAAGAACAUAACAGAAAAUGCCAAAUUUUUUGCUUCCCUGAAGCUGUUUGAGACGGCAGCAAGUCUUCGUAAUAUGACAGCCAGAGUGCAGCCGCCGAAAAUACAAAGAAUUAAACUUUCCAAGGCAAAAACUGAGACAGCUUGUCGAAGAUCGAUGCGCUUACAAAAAGUGGAUCCACUGAGCAUUCCCCUGCCAGAAGCACAAGCACAGCCAGAACCUUCAGUUGUCGAAUAUCCUCGUUUGCCACCUGGACCACUUCAGAUGAUACCCACAGAUCAAGAGGAAGGAAAUGAUGUAACUGAAGGUUUUCUGAACAUGUGGGCAAAAAUAAGUCAGGUAAAGCCUAAGGUGAUUGAGACGCCUACAUGUAACUUGGAAAGUUACCAAGCUCAUCUGUGUAAAAUGGUCCUCCGAGAAGAUUCCGUAGCAAAAGUGGUCCGAAACCGGAUUUACUCCAUGGCUAUCCAUCCAUCUGAAAGCAGAACUUUAGUAGCAGCUGGAGACAAGUGGGGACAGAUCGGUCUCUGGGAUUUGGACAGCGGAUUGGAAGAUGGAGUACACACCUUUGUUCCCCAUAGCCAGGCAGUUAGCUGUAUGUAUUUUUCUCUGUCUAAUCCUGCUCAUCUUCUGUCUGUGAGCCAUGACGGCACGUUACGACGUGGGGAUGUAACCAGAGCAGUCUUUGAUGAGGUGUACAGAAGUGAAGAGGACAACCUUUCUUCAUUUGAUUUCUUGGCCACAGAUGCCUCUACUCUGAUAGUGGGAAAGUGGAAUGGAGAGGUAGCUGUAGUAGAUCAAAGAACGCCAGGAGCUUCCGCUGAGCUUUCUGCAGAACUUAAUUUGAAGAUGACAAGGACUGUCCAUACCAACCCACUCAUCAGACAUUAUUUCGUUGCUGCUGGAGCAGGGAAUGUUGAUAUUUAUGAUGUUCGGCACCUGAAGGCGAGUGGCAGCAAGGCCGUGGUCUCUCUUGCCGGGCACACCAAGAGUGUUGCUUCUGCUUAUUUUUCACCUGUGACUGGCAACAGGGUGCUGACUACUUGUGCUGAUGAUACAUUGAGGAUCUUUGAAACCACAUGUAUAUCAUCUUCAGCCCCUGUUCUCACAACUAUCAGGCAUAAUAACUGCACGGGACGGUGGCUCACAAGGUUCAGAGCUAUUUGGGACCCAAAGAGGGAUGACUGCUUUGUGGUGGGGAGUAUGUCUCGACCAAGGCAAAUCGAAGCCUUUCAUGUGACAGGAGAUUUGGUGCAUCCCUUCCUCAGUGAAGACUACCUUGGCUCUGUUUGUUCCAUCAAUGCCUGGCACCCUACCAGGUACAUUCUUGCAGGUGGUAACUCUAGUGGCCGCCUCCAUGUUUUCAAAGAGUGAAAAAAAGUUGAAGAGAAUGUUGAACCUUCAGGUAACAAAGAGUAUGAGUUGCAUUUUGGUUGUGUUAGGACUUCGUCCCUGGAGAAAGACAUUUACCCAGAAUAAAAAUACUCAAUUUCAAAAUCUUCUAAGUGAUAUAGAUUACCAAUGCUAGCUUUGUUAUUCAAAUACAGUGACUUAUUGUAGGUUUCUGCAAGGUUGUUUAUGCGAAACGGUUUCAGUAUAUUAAGUUCAUUCAUAGUGGCUUAAAAAUCUGCAGAGUAGGCUCUGUACUAAAUCAUGUUUAAUUCAGAGGUCAAUUGCUAACAAUUAUUCUGAGAUCAAGAGGCUGUUUUGGUGUGUAUCAAGAGUGGCGAGAAGGCACAGGCUUUCUCUUAACAUCCACUAACUUGAACAUAAGCAGCAUGUUAAUAAUGCUUAUGCAUAAUCGCAAGAAGGAAAAUGCAAUUAUGUCUGUUGUGUAGUAACACCAGAUGGCACCUUACACCAGGGAAGCAUUCAUAGUAAAUGAAUCUGUGUUAGACCUGCUCAUCAUGUUCAACUUUUUAAAAGUACGCACAAUAAAUGCUUUGGAAUCUGUGUA